AUGACGACUUCAGCACUCACGGAAGGUUCUCGGCUGCAGCUGGUCCUGCCGGCAGCGGCAGUGUUUCUGCUGCUGUACGUGACCAGCGUCGUCGUGUAUCGCAUCUUCUUCCACCCGUUCGCCAAGUACCCGGGACCAUUCCUAGGCAAAGUAUCCAACUACGUGACCUGGACCUCGACGUUCCGCCAGGACAAGACCCAAACCAUGUACCGCCUGAUGCGGCAAUACGGUAGCCCCCUGCGCAUCGGGCACGACACCCUGCUCUUUGCCGACGCGCAGGCGUGGACAGACAUCUACGGGCAGCACUCGAGGCCCUUUGACAAGGAGGCCAUGCUGCCGAAGCUCUUCACGGCCACGGGGGCACCCAACGUGCUCAGCACCGACGACCGCCAGUACCACGCGCGGCUCCGGCGCCUCAUGUCGAGCGACUUCAGCGCCCGCGGGGUGCUGCGCUUCGAGUCCCUCAUCGCGGACAAGGUCGAUGCGCUGAUGGAGCACGUGUUUUACCCCAGCGCUGCCGCCGCCGCCGCCGCCGCCGCCGGUCCUGGUGAGCAGGGAGAAGAGGUGGAAGAGAAGGAGGAGGACGGUGCGUGGUUUGACGUCUGGGAGCCUGCCCAGAAGCACUACCUGGACAUCAUCAGCCACUUGGUGUUUGGCACGUCGUUCAACUGCAUCAAGGGAGAGAACCCGAGCGCGCUGUUCGACGUCAACUCGUUCGCCACGGUCGUCCCGGCGCGAUACUUCUUCCCCGCGAUCCGGUACUUGCCCAUCCCGGCAUUCCAGAAGGCGGUGCUGGGCCUGAAUCACCUUAUCAAGUUCAGCAGAGAUCACGUGACAGAGUAUGCAAUGGCACUUGAGAAGGAGAUGGGGAGGAGUGGAGAGGAUGAGAAGAGCGAGGCCGGCGCUAUUACAGGGGACGGUGAUUCCAAGAGCCAGUCUUUUCUUCGAAACCUGGUUACGAGCAGAGAUCCGGAAACUGGGACAAGGUUGUCGGUUGACGAGCUGGUCGAGAACGCAAUCAUAUUCUUGGUCGGCGGCAGUGGAACGACUGCCGUGGUCACAACAUACUUCAUCUGGGAGUGCGCGCGGAACCGGGACACCCAUCAGAGGCUGGUCGAAGAGGUGCGGGGUGCGUUUCCGGCCAGAGACGUCAUGCCCACCUAUGAGGCUGCCUCGAAAUUGCCUUUGCUGAACUCGAUGAUCCAAGAGACGAUGCGGCUCUGGGGCCCUCUGAAUAUCAUGUUCCUCCGCGUGUCCCCGGGCCGCGAGGUCAGCGGGCACUAUAUCCCGCCUGGCAAGACGGCAUCGAUCCUGAGCUACGCCGCCGCGCGGGACCCAGACGUGUUCCCGGACCCGGAGACGUUCGAGCCGGAGCGGUGUCUGCACCCGACGGCCGAGAUGAAGGCGCUGUCCCGGCCAUUCGCCACGGGGCCGCGCAACUGCGUGGGCAGGCACCUGGCAGAAGUGCAGCUCACUCUGACGCUUGCGAGAAUCUUCCAGCUGUACGAUGUCGAGGUUGACCCCCUUACGACAAGGGAGGACAUGAAGCUGCGAGAUAAGGGGGUGAUGGAGCCGUGGGCAGCAAGGUUGAGGAUCAGAGUCAGCCCCGCGCCGCCAAGAAGCUGUUGAGCAAGCCACGAGCAGCAAGCUGCAUGCGGCCGGCCUCCCCCAACUGGGCACACUUGACGAACCUGCAGCCUUGUGGGGAAGAGGUGACGAGCGUGGUGGAGAAGAAAGGUCGUAAGGGACUGACUCCAGGGAAGAAGCUCUGGCGAAUGAUUACAUCGGUCCGUACGAUUGAAAAGCACCAAGCGAGUGGUGCUGCCAAACCCAAACGCCAACCCC